AUGGAUGGCGGUCACAAUCAUUCGCUGAGGUACUUCUCUGGAGAUGGCGACACCGAUCACAAGGAGUACCAGAGAUGGAAGUCCUGGGCGCUCAACAAGAUGAUGGUGAUGGACAAGCUCCCGGCCAACGCCCGUGGGAGCUUCAUAUGGACCCUUUUGCAGGGUCGAGCGCUGGAAGUCGUGGAACAUCUCAAGCCGGAGGAGUACCAGAAGGAGAAUGGAGAUGCAGUGCUGUUCAAGUUGCUUGAUCAGCGGUGGCCCCAGAAGGACCGAGCGGAUGAGAUCGGAGAACACGUCUCCGAAGUCUUUCUGCUGCGAUCAAAGGAGAAUGAAACUGUGAGGGCGUGGUGCUCAAGGGCCAGAGAGGUCUUUGACAGAUGUCAAAGGAAAGCGAGUGUGUCGUUUCCGGAAGAAGCGCGAGGGUGGAUCGUGCUUAACAGCAGCGGCAUGACCGAAGAGCAGCGUGCCGUGGUGCUCGCUCGCUGCGCAGGCUCCCUCAAGUUCGAUGAGGUGGCCCAAGCGAUGCGGUCCUGCUUUCCGGAGUUCGUUGUUCCGCGCCGACGCGCAAUGGCGAAUCACUAUGUGGAGCCCGAGCACGAGGACUGGUGGUACGAGACGGCCGAGGUCGAGCCCCAGGGCGUCUCCGAGGAAGCGGACGCGAGCUUUAACGACGUGGAGCUCUUCCUGGCUGAGCAUGCUGGGGGAGCGGAACCCGCUUCAGCUGAGGUGUAUCAGGAGGACGAAGUGGCGGAAGUGCUCGCCACCACCUGGAAGGAUCGAAGGAAGGAGCUCUCACAGCUUCAGAAGUCGCGGAAAUUCGGACAGGCGCAGGACAUGCGCCGAAGCUUCCGUGUGGAGGUGGAAGAGCUGAAGAAGCGGACACAGUGCCGGAGGUGCGGCAAGACGGGACAUUGGGCUCGUGAAUGUCGGGCGCCGCCUAGUGCCUAUGGUGCCAGUGGAGCUGGCGGCGCGGCGAGCUCUUCUACAAGUGGCGCGGCCAUGGUGCAGACCGAGCACUUUAUCUGCAGCUUGCAGGUGAGGCCGUCGAUCCCGAGCCCGGAAAGGACACCGUCUCCCUCUCCAAUGCUGUCGCAGCUGAGGCAGCGACGCUCUGCCGAGAUCCCGGUGUGCCUGGUAUCGAGCCCAGGCUAUGCGGUCCUAGACUCAGGUUGCGGGCGCAGUGUGGUUGGCGAAGAGACACUUCGCCAAUUCCGAUCGAUUUGGAAUCAGCGAGGACUGCCGCAACCUGCCCCCAUCCGAGAAGUGAACUCCUUCAGGUAUGGGAAUGGCCAGCAGGAGACGUCCACGCAAGUCGUGGAAAUGCCAGUGCAACUGGCACACCGCCGCGGUGUGGUUCGGGCCGCUGUGAUAGCUGGCCGCGCGCCUCUUUUGAUGAGCCGCCCUGCCAUGAAGAAGCUUGGGGCUGUGAUGGACUUUGCCAAGGACGAGCUCUACAUCAUGGAAGACAAGAUCGCCAUCCCACUGACCGUGAAUGAGGCCGGACAGUAUGUGGUUCCCGUCGCCGAGUUCAAGGAGCCCGGCCUUCGAGAUCGAGAGCCUGCUGAGCCCGAGGUCGCCAUGCAGACCGAGAGCCAGGAUGAUGGAGCUGAUCAGCGUGUGGAUCCAGGUCACCUGUCUGAGUGUCAGAUGCAAAGCUUAGGUAGCAAAGGGGAUACAGAGGUACAUGCGGUUGCUAAGUCUGUGACCGAGGCGAUUCCGAAACCCCCUUCGCCUCUGAUGCCUGAUGCUAGGAAGUGGAACCCACGCCAGUGGAGGCAAUUUAGAGCUGCAGCUAAGAAGGCUAGUGAGGUCUCCAAGAAGGAAGCUUCAGCUGGUUCCAAGUUAGAUGUCGUUGAGGUUUUCUCUUCAUCUCAGUUUGCUGAGGUGGGAGCCAUCAAGGGGUUAGAAUGUGUUGCAGCGGAUUUGCACACCGGCUGGGAUUUUCGUAGACCGCGUGACCGCGCUGCCAUGCGCACCCUUGUGGAAGAGUCCAAGCCUCGCUUGUUGGUCCUUAAUCCACCUUGUACGUACGCUGGUGGUUGGUAUCAUCUAAGUCGGGGAUUGUUGUCCGAGCAAGAAGCUGCCCACAAGCGUGGUCUCAUCAAGCUGUUUGUGCAUUUCUGCGUGGACCUUGCACAGAUACAGUUGGCAGCCGGCCGACGUGUUCUGUUUGAACUGCCAAAGGGAUCGUACUUUUGGAACUUGCCACGUGUGUUGCAGUUGCAAAAGCAGAUGACCGAGAUUGAAGUUGACUUGUGCAGCUAUGGGCUGCAGAUCCCUGACGGACCCUUUGUUCGAAGAUCCGUGCGCCUGCUGGUGUCGCAUGAUAACAUGCGCUCCUUGCAGAGGAGAUGCUGUGGCAGCCAUCAGGGAGUUAAUGUAGAGCACGUUCCCCUGCACGGCAGGCAUCCUAGGGUUGGCUUAGUUAGUCGGUUCGCCGAUAAGUACCCAAAGGGUUUUGUCAGAGCGGUUCUUAGGGUCACCAAGGAGAUUGCCCAAGCAUCUAUCUGUCUUGUUCAGACCGGCACUGACCAUGAGUGUCUGGUCGCAGCGCGUGUGCAAGCACUCAGCGGCCAGAAGGAGGAUCAAAUGCGUGAGAGUUUGCUUCGUCUGCACAACAACAUGGGCCAUCCUGCCCCUUCUGCUCUGUGUCGUGUGUUGAAACACGGCGGUGCUUCACAAGCUGCCAUCGAGAUGGCAAAGCAGAUUGAGUGUGACGUGUGCAAAGCCCAGCGAAAGCCAGAAUCUGCGCCGCCGGCCCAAGGUGAAAGGGUCAGCAGAUUCAACGAGCGAGUUGGUAUCGAUGUCAAAUACUUGACCGGGUGGCAGGCGAAUCAGCGAAUUCCUGCCUUGAACAUCGUGGAUCACGCGAGUAGCUUUCAAAUCAUGGUCCCUCUGCCAUCUAGAGAGACGUCAGCUAUGCUUAGACAGAAUUUCUUGGAGCGUUGGGUGUCGUGGGCAGGACAGCCCGAGCAGAUAGUGAUGGACCCAGCGCAGACAAAUGUCAGCGACGCCAUGACAAAUCCCCAGGAGCUUGCGGGCUCCAGUGUCCUUAUCACGGCAGCCGAGGCCCACUGGCAGCUAGGUAAGGUUGAGGUUCAUGGUGGUUGGUUUAACCGUUGCCUAGAAAAGGUAAUUGCUGACUGCGCGCCACAGAAUAGAACUGAGUGGCUAGAGUGCGUGCAAGCAGCUCACUGCAAGAAUGAGCUGAUUCAGGUGUAUGGCAUGACCCCAGCCCAGUUCGUGUUUGGGCGUAAUCCAAGAAUCCCCCAUAACCUUCUAGAUGAGCCAUUGAGCAUUGUUCCGGCUACGGCCCCUCUUCACGAAGACUCUGUGGCCAAGGCUGUGGCGAUUCGGCAAUCUGCUCGGCAAGCUGUGAUACAGCUGCAGGAUGCCAAAGCGUUGCGGCUUAGCCUCGCCGCAAGGCCUCGGAAGGUGUUUGCUCUCGCCGCAGGUGAUCAAGUAGCAUACUGGAGAACGCAGAAGAGCAGAGAGGGUGUAGUUGAGUUUGGUGGACGUUGGUGUGGUCCUGCGGUUGUUCUAGGACAUGUGGGUCGUAAUCUUGUUGUCGUGCAUAAAAGACAGAUCUUCCGUUGUGCACCCGAGCAAGUUAGACCGGCCACAUCCGAAGAGAAGUGUCUGUCUGACACUCCUCAUUUGGAGCUUCUAGGCAUCAAGCACCUGAUCGAUUCGGGUGCCCUCCAAAGCAGGCAGUAUAUCGACUUGGUGCCCGACGGCGCCCCGCCACGAGCUGCGGAUGAGGCCGCUCAACCAAUGCAGGUGGAUGACUCAACCGAGUCAGCCAAUAGAGGGUCGAUAGCUAGUCCCGCGGUUCCCCCACAAGUGGUCUUUAGGCGUGAACACACAGCAGUUCCAAUCCCAGAGCCCAACGUGUCUGCACAUGUGCCACCACAGGAGAGCGCUGCGGCUUCCGACAGCCAGCAGGCCGCACCGAGUGCAACCGAGGGCCGGGAGUCUGGAAGUCAAGGGACUAGUGAUGCUGAUUAUGGUCCAGUUCGUCGUCGCGUCUCGGUUAAGUCGAGUCCUAUGCUUUUGAGGCCUCAAGCAAUGCUGCCCGAUGACUUUUCUGAUAUGAUGCAAGAGGUGGUGCCCCAACUGAUUUCACAAGCUCUUGAAACGACCUCUGCUAGUGAUGAGACGGCGAGCGGUCACGAUGAUCCCAUGACUCGUGGCACCAAGCGGGAGGCGUCAGCCGAGCCACCCGAAGCGGCGAGUCCGAAGCGAGCCGCUCCCGCGUCUGAGGUUCCGCUGCCGGGAGAUGAAGCCUUGUGUGUUCAGCCCAAUGCUGUGGAAUUGUUUUCGUCAACUGCUGCCUUCGAAACCUUGGUGAUCAACCAGAUGAACAAGCGAUCUGCCAAAGAGGUGCCAGCAACGGGCAAUCCUCUCGAUGUGCAGCCUCUCGUCGAUGAGGCAAAGACUAUCGAAUGGAACACCAUUGAGAGCCGGCAUGCUGCUAGGAUUGUGUUCGGUCAGGAAGCUGCGGACGUUAGGGAAAAGCUAAGUCACCGCAUAAUGGGGUCUAGGUUCGUAUGUACUUGGAAACAGGAAGAAGAUGCCCCCCGCCGCAUGAAGGCUCGCUGGUGCCUUCAGGGCCAUCUUGAUCCAGAUUUGCAGGCCAAGGCCUUGGCUGGUGACCUUCAGUCACCCACCUUAUCACAGGUAGGCCGCUCCAUGUUGUUUCAAAUACUCGCCUCUAAGCGGUGGACGCUACGUUUGGGAGAUAUCAAGGGUGCCUUUCUGUCAUCUGGUGCCCUUCCACAGGAAUACAAGCCCUUGUAUGCUUCCCUUCCUCCGGGCGGUAUCCCUGGAGUUCCCCCGGGAUCACUGAUUGAGGUGCUGGGCCGUGUCUACGGGCUGAAUGAUGCCCCAUCGGCGUGGCAACGCACGUUGGACCGGGCUCUUCAGGAAGCAGGCUUCGAGCGCAGUCGUUUGGACCCGUGCCUGUACUAUCUGCGACAUGCAGGUCAGCUCGUCGGCAUUUACGGAGUGCACGUUGAUGAUUGCGCUACAGGAGGGUUUGGAGAUAAGUAUGAAAGGGCUCUGGAGAUGUUGAAGGGUCGAUUUGAAUUUAGGAAGUGGCGUCUAGGUGACGGCGACUUCUGCGGUGCAAGGUAUCGCCAAGACCCGCAAACCUUCGAAAUCACUCUGACGCAGGAGUCCUUUGUGGACAAGAUCCGCCCGCUGCGGAUGACACGCCGCCGUGCUCAGGAGCGGCAUUCUCCCUUGACUGAUGAUGAAAUCAAGUGCUUAAGGGCGAUUAAUGGUAGCUUGAAUUGGUUGUCAUCGCAAUCUAGGCCCGAUUUAGCUACUCAGGUUUCUUUCUCCCAACAGUCAUUUCCCAAACCCACAGUAAAUGACGCUCUAGCCGCGAAUAAUGCCGUGAGACGUGCUCGGCAGCACCGGCAGUUGUCACUGACCUUCAAGAACAUUCCUCUUGAUAAGCUCACGGUGUUGUGCCAUUCCGAUGCUGCAUAUGCAAAUGGGAGAGAUGGUGCCACACAGGCUGGAUAUGUCAUAGGAUUCACCAGUCAGGAGGUAGAUCAAGAUCAAGUGGCACCGUGGUCUCCGGCCUAUUGGAAGAGCUAUCGUCUUCCUAGAGUGGUCAGUUCCACUCUGAGUGCAGAGGCCCAGGCCCUUGCUACGGCUUCCGGCAUGGCCGAGUGGACUCUCUUGUUGUUGAGUGAAGCUAUUGACGGCCCCAGCCAUCUGCGUUCCUUUUGGAGUGUUGCUUCUAAGCGCAAGAGUGUGUUCGUUACGGACUGCAAGAGCCUUUAUGAUCACCUCAUGUCUCGUUCAGCUCCCACACUUGAUGAGAAACGUACCGCCCUAGACAUUGUCAUUCUCCGCGAAAGUUUGCAGAAGACCCAAGGGUCCCUUAGGUGGGUGCCUACCGAUAGGAUGGUUGCAGAUUCGAUGACAAAAGAGUCUGCCGAUGCCCUUGACAUGCUUCGAGCCUGUCUUCGACAAGGGUCCUACCAGAUAUCCGAAGAAGGUACCAUCCUGCAGUGGCGUUCAGAUGAAAAGGAGCGACGCAAGCUCCUAGCCCAGGGCAAGCAUGCAGAUUCCGCUGAAGAUACCACUCCAGCAAGCGAGCUGCAUCCCGAGCUAGCCUGGGUCGGCCAAGGAAUCCAUGGUGCUGAACGCCGCGAAGGCGUCCGCAUCCUCGCCCGCUCCAUCAUGACGGGCGACUUCCACGACAUGUGCAACGAGGCCAUCCAGGAGUUUCGCGGACUUCGCCGUGAUUACCAAGCUGCCGGCACCUGGAGCACCGUCCAGGAGCUCUACCGCGACUACUCCGCCCGGAACGGGGCGGCUGUGAAUGAUGGUGCCCAAGGCAUGACUGAUGCAUGCAAGCGUCAGCGAGAUCUGAGUGAUCUCAUGGACUCCGAUGGUGAUGAGAGCUGGUUGGGUCUUACUGACAUCGAAGGAGGCCCGAACUCUUCGGAUCCACGCGGACCUCCACGUGGACCUCCUCCACCUAAGCCUGUGAAUGCACCAGCCGCAGCAGCGUCACCGUCGCUGUCUUUGGGAAGUGCGCCAACGACGCCUGAGAAUGCCCCGGUGAUCUCGGACCCGUCGCUCAACUUCCCUGAGGGUAUCACGAAUAUGAUCCAGUGGGGCGACACGGUGAUCGGCUUCGGGAAGUACAAGGGUCGUAAUACUUCGUAUGCUGAGCUGGCCAGAGAUGUUACCAAGGAUGCCCUGUCCUACAAGCGUUGGUUGAUCGGCCACCAGACGUGCGCCACCGGUCAAUGCAAGGACGUCGCUUCCUACCUCAAGCGCCGCCAGCUGCUCAAUGAUCUGCCCUUGCUUUGUGCCGGAAAUCCCAUCAUCCCUGGCACUUCGGAGCCACGUUCGUUCAAAAGCAGCUCCUCACCUACCUCGUGA